CGCUUCCUGCUAAAUUUCCAGAUUGUGGAGAGGGGGCUGGAGAAGUCGGUGGUGUUUGAGGACGACUUGCGCUUCGAGAUCUUCUUCAAGCGGCGCCUGAUGAACCUGAUGUACGAUUUGGAAGAGGAGGGGUUGGACUGGGAUCUGAUCUACAUCGGGAGGAAGAGGAUGCAGGUGGAGCACCCCGAGAAGUCCGUGCCGCACGUGCGGAACCUGGUGGAGGCCGAUUACUCCUACUGGACCUUGGCCUACGUCAUUUCACUGCAGGGAGCGCAGAAGCUGCUGGCAGCUGAGCCGCUCUCCAAAAUGCUGCCCGUCGACGAGUUCCUGCCCGUCAUGUUCAACAAGCAUCCCGUCGCUGACUACAUGAAGCAUUUCUCCGAGCGCAACCUCCUGGCCUUCUCCGUGGAGCCCCUCCUCGUUUACCCCACGCACUACACGGGCGACGACGGCUACGUCAGCGACACGGAGACCUCGGUGGUGUGGAACGACGAGAAGAUCAAGACGGACUGGGACCGCGCCAAGUCCCAGAAGAUGAAGGAGCAGCAGGAGCUGCGGAACGAGGCCAAGAACUCGGACGUGCUCCAGUCCCCCCUCGACAGCACCGCGCGGGACGAGCUAUGACCGCCCCGGGCCGGGGACGCUGGCGGCAGGAGGCGGCGGGACCCCCCCCCCGGGGGAGCG